AACAAAGUAAUUCUCAUUAUUUUUGGCCGGCUUCCACCACCAACCUCCCAAAUGGGGGCCCUCAAGAAAACCAAUACCCUUUCUCAGCUAAGUUCAUUCUAUAAAAUUCUCAUUAAAACCUCACAUUUCUUUUCAAUCCUCUCUUCUGUAAAACCCAAAAUGGCUACUUCAUCAUCGUCAUCCUCAUCUUCUAUUGCAAUUUCCCCAAGAAAGCUUCGAUCCGAUCUCUAUUCUUAUUCCUAUAAGAACGAUGGGAAUAACCCAUUGGUGAUCACUGUUCUUGCUUCUCUUAUUGAGAGAACAAUGGUUAGGAACGAAAGGAUUGAUGCCAAGAACCGUGGACGACAGACAUUGAGACAAAGAGAUUUUAGGAGCAAAGUUUUCGAUUGCCAUGAAGCACCGGACAUGACGGUUCAAUGCUACCUAGAGAGAAUUUUCCGAUAUACCAAGGCUGGACCGUCGGUUUAUGUUGUGGCAUAUGUAUAUAUCGAUCGGUUUUGUGAGGCAAAUCCUGGGUUUCGGAUUACUGCUCGGAAUGUGCAUAGGCUUCUCAUUACGACCAUGAUGGUGGCUUCUAAGUAUGUUGAAGACAUGAAUUAUAGGAAUUCAUACUUUGCACGAGUGGGUGGAUUGACAACAAAAGAAUUAAACAAAUUGGAGGUUGAAUUAUUGUUUUUGAUGGGUUUCAAGUUGCAUGUAAAUGUGAGUGUGUUUGAGAGUUAUUGUAGUCACUUGGAGAGGGAAGUGAGCAUUGGAGGAGGAUACCACAUUGAAAGGACUAUAAGAUGUGCUGAGGAAAUCAAAUCAAGACAAAGUGAAGCCCAAAGGAUAUACAAUCAUAUUGCUCGCAUUUUGUUAUAAUCUACAUCUUUAAACCAUUUGCAAUUAGUUGUUUCUAUUUAUUUUUUAUGUACAUAGAUGUAUAAAUAUGUCAUGGUUUGUAGUGGGGGUUCACACCAUAAAAAGUGUGGAGAUCUCAUUGUAAUAGGUGCCGUUCAUAUCAGGAAUGCGUGAAGAGGGUUUUCUAUAAACAAAUCCAAGCUUGGAGCAAGUCCAAUUUUAUGAUGAUUUUUGUGUUGGGCUUGAUUGUAGGUCUAAUUUAAAACGUGAAUUGGAUUUGAGUGAGUUGAAUAUGAUUGUUCUGGGAUUGAUGAACCUAGAGAGUUGAAAUCAUUUAAUGAGAGUGGAAUUGACGUGACAAUUUUUUUAGUGACAUUUUGAUAUCACAUGUGCUUUCAUGGCGUCGCAUUGGAAGUGUCAGUGUAAGGCCAAUACAAAGGAGUGAUGUAUAACUAUAGUGUAUGUUGUGCUGUGGUUUUCAACAAAUGCAAUACUAGUAUUGCUAUUUUUUUUACUACAGUAGUUCCAAUAGAUUCAAUUAUUUUUAAAGGUUCA